AUGGCGAUUCAAGUCAAUCAUCGUCAAGAAAUCAAAACGUACGGUCCAUCCGAGGUAACACCAUCAACCAUCCCAUGUCGAUCAGACAUGGGCCUGGAUGUGUAUAAGAGACAGCCAUAUACAUGCAAUGACGGAUAUUCUGGAAAUGGUUACAUGUGUUUAGAUAUCAACGAAUGCUCUACAUCUCCAUGUAGUGAUAUGGCAACUUGUACUAACUUCGCCGGUGGUUAUGCAUGUCAAUGUGAUAGUGGUUUUGAAGGUGAUGGCGUAACAUGUUCAGAUAUUGUCGAGUGUGAUGAUUCUGAAAUCUGUGGUAAAAAUUCUAACUGUGCAAACACGAUCGGAGCUUAUCAAUGCAAUUGCCAAGCUGGUUAUAGAAGUAGUGGUGUCUUAGGCUGCGACAAUAUUGAUGAAUGUGCUGAAGGCAGCGAUAACUGUAGCCCCCAUGCUAAUUGUAACGACACCCAGGGAGGCUUUACCUGUGAGUGCACCAAAGGUCACAACGGAGACGGCGUAACCUGUACAGACGUCAAUGAAUGUAUGGUUGAAAAUGACUGUGACGAAAAUGCCAUGUGCUCUAACACCGAUGGAUCGUAUGUAUGUUUAUGCAAUGAAGGUUAUUUCAACGAGGCAGGUGGAAGUGCAACAAUUGGAAAAUGCAAAAACAUUGAUGAAUGUUCACUAAACACGGAUGAGUGUUCUAAGGACGCAGUGUGCACGGAUGUACAAGGAAAUUAUACAUGCCAUUGUAAGAGUGGAUACAGCGGUAACGGCUAUGUUUGCAACGACAUUGAUGAAUGUUCUAUUUCCAUACCUUGUCCUGAUGAGGAAAACAAGAUAUGUGACAACACAAUAGGCGGAUACGAAUGUGUCUGUGCACCUAAUUUUGUUAUGUUUAACAACCAAUGUUUAGCGGCUGUAUCGAGAUCGUUGAUAGCGAACUUUACAGAUAUCAAAGGUACAUCAGUUUCUUUUGCGCCCGACAUCUUAGAUUCGGUAACAACGAGGAAUGCUCUUGCAGAUGAUGUAUUAAAUUUAUUGAACUCAACGGCCAUAUGGAAAUACAUCCAGGACGUUAGUGUGGAUAGAUAUGCAAUAUCUGGUGAUUUGAUGCAAGUUACAUUCCGAGUGGAUCUUUCUGUAAAUUCCAAUCUAACAAUGGACGAAGUGGUGAAUGCAUUUAUGGACGGACUGGUUGAUGACUUGCUUCCACCUGACAGCGUAGUUUCUGCUCAAAAAGUCAUGGUUACUACACCAGUCGUUGAUCCAUGUAAUGAAGGAACACAUGACUGUUUUGCAAAUAAUUUUACACGAUGUCUGUUUGUAAGUGACGGUUCAUUUAGCUGUGCAGAUUGUAAUAGUGGAUUUCAGCAAUCGGCAGAUGUCUGCAUAGAUACGAUGCCCACUGAAUUAUCUACUUCUAUGUUGCCAACAACUGAAGAUACGAUGUCCACUGAAUUAUCUACUUCGAUCUUGCCAACAACUGAAGUUGUGAUAUCAACGGUUUUAUCGACGUCGAUGUUUCCAACAACUGAAGAUAUACGGUCAACUAAAGCAUCCACUACGAUAUUGUCAACAACUGAAGGUAUUCAAAAGAAACUCUUUUUGGUGGUCUUCACGAUUCUUUCGAAUGGAGGUAAUGAUGCAGCAUUUGAUGAACGUCUCCAAGAUCCAAAUUCAGCAUUAUUCGAAGAAUACGAAACACUUGCUUGUGAAGCGGUGGAAAAUAGUAUAGCGAACAAUGACAUUGCGAAUGAUUUAAGAAGUUGCAGAGCCCUACGCUUUGAAAAUGGGAGUAUCGUCGUGUAUUUGGAAAUAGGUUUACAAUCCGAAACAGCUUUCGGAUCUGAAGAUUUGUUGAUGGCUAUGACGGAAGGAUUAGAGAAUACAGGCACACUUACCAUAUAUUCUGACUCACUAGCUACUAAAGAUGUGUAUAAGAGACAGAUUCAAAAGAAACUCUUUUUGGUGGUCUUCACGAUUCUUUCGAAUGGAGGUAAUGAUGCAGCAUUUGAUGAACGUCUCCAAGAUCCAAAUUCAGCAUUAUUCGAAGAAUACGAAACACUUGCUUGUGAAGCGGUGCGUCAGUUUGCAUAA